AUGACAAGCUAUAAAUGGUUAUUAUUUGAAACACAAGAAAAAUCAACUAAAGCAAUUAAUCAUCUAAAAGACUUUCGCAUUGAAAGUAAUCCGCCUGGUAGAAAACCUUAUUACAGAACGCAUCCUGAAUUACUUCCAGAAUUAAAAAAAUUAUUAAACACACACAGUGGAGAAGCACAAGAUCGUAGAAGAGAUGACACAGUUCGUUUUAAUGGCUUAUCUAUAACAGAUUGUAAUAAUUAUGUCAAACGUCGAUUAUCACGUCGCUAUCCAAACAUUUAUAAAUUAUCUAAUUCAACCAUACGUCGUUUAUUUAUACCACCAAAAAAAAAUGCGAGAAGUCAAAAGUUUUACAAAUCAAUUAUUCCAGCGAAAAUUCCACAAAAACAAAAUUCCAAAUGCCAACAUCAUCCAGAUUUUCAUAUCACAUGUGCCCAAGUUAAUUACGUACAAGAAUUAGCCAGUUUAUAUAACGAUGAAUAUCAGCAAUUACCAUCAGGACGAACGAAACGAUGUUUAGAAUGUAAAUUACCAUAUAUCUUUUCGCCCAAAGCUGAUGAAGAACGACAUAUGGUGUGGGUACAUUGGUCUAAUGUAUUACUUAAUAAAAAACGAAAACAUUCACCGACUCCGAAAUCAAAGUCUGUGUCUAAAUCAAAACAACGAAUUACUAGAAAACGUGAGCUUUCUCCUGAAUACUAG